AUGUUGCCAGUGACCGUCUUGUCAAUGGGAGCGUUGGCCAGAUUUACUCCGAGUGGAAGCAGUCAAGUUAUGUACGGUCAGGCCAUACAGGUUGUCAACACAAUCGGAGGCACAGCGGCCGGAUCCUUCACUUCAUCGUCCAAGGUCGGUGCUUCUGGCAGUGCAAGCUCUUUUAAUGAUGUUAGCGUGGGCUCACUGGAAUCCAACGAGACGAUUACAUUCCCACCAUCUUCCAGUUCGGUGGGAUCCGCGGGUUCCUCCACUACUGUCACUACUAUCACUGAGUCAGAAGAGCAACAGCGCUUCGAUCAAGCCUUGGCUGACAUUGCGGAGCUUCAAAAGCUGCACCCUCAUGCCACUUUCUCAAUCAACUCACCUUUCGCACUUCUGACCUCGGACGAGUUCCUAUCCUACGUUAACCGCUUCGGUAUCGACCCUGACUCGAACCCCGUCAAGAACAGCACAAGCUCAACGACUGGGAUGUUCACUAUGGACGCAGAAGACUCUGGUACCACGACGCCUUCCAGUAUUGGCAGUGACAUCAUGACCUCAGCGGCAGCUGCAGGUGAGACGGUAGAUUGGCAAGAGGCUGGAUGUGUUACGGCUGUCAAAGACCAGGGAGAGUGCGGUGCCUGUUGGGCGUUCUCAGCUACUGCAGCGAUGGAGUCUGGCUACUGUGUGGCAACCGGCUCGCUUCCCAGCUUAUCCGACCAACAGCUCAUUAGUUGUCACACUGAAGAUGGAAACAGAGGCUGCGGUGGUGGCUACGCUGCGUACUCCCUGGACUGGAUCGCUAACGAACGCAGAGGCAAAAUGUGCACGCUUGACACGUAUCCGUUUACCUCAGAGAACGGCAACGUGGCAGGUUGUUCGAUGAAUUCCUGCACGGAGUUUAACGUCGGUGUGACCGGUUACGAAUCGGUUCGUGAAGAUCCUGGCGCCAUUGAGGAUGCCGUGCGCAAACAACCCGUGUCCAUCUUCCUGUACAGCGGUUCGACUGCUUUCCAGUACUACUCAGGUGGCGUGCUUACGGGCGCUAACUGCGAUAAGACCGGGUCACACUCGGGACUGGCAGUGGGUUUCGGUGAGACGGAAGAUAACAUUCUGUAUUGGCGCAUUAAGAACCAGUGGGGUACUUCUUGGGGUGAGGAUGGCUACGUUCGUGUCCAGCGGCGCUUCUCCGGAGACAGCGAAGGUGCAUGCGGUGUAGAGCUAUACGCGACUUGGCCCACCUUUGACGUGUCGGCAACCCCUACGUCCUCUCCGACACCCACCACAUCUGCUCCUUCCGGUACAGCGGCCACUCCCUCCGUCACAACGGCAACGCCCCCAAUCACGACAAUGGCGCCUUCGACCAACCCGGUCACAGACACACCUUCUGCAACGAACGCCGUGGUGGAUCAAGCUGCCAGCGCAAGUGCCGCUUCGGGAUCUGACUCGACUAUCACGAAGGUUGGCGUUGACCAAAUGACCAGUGCCACAUCAGGCUCGACUGCGCACUAUGAGACGGUGAAGACAGACCCUGUCGGUGGCUCAAUCGCUUCGACGGCGACACCUGCAGCGACCGCGAUCGUCUAA